UUAACUGACAGUUGUCUCGGUUUUCCUGAUGAUGAUGAGUUGUUUGAAUUCUUCAAUUUUGUAGGAAUUGUAGGUAAUAACAUACUAUUUCCCAAAGUUAAGUGGUUCCACGAUGUUAUUAAUUGAUAUACCCUAACCAUUUGUCAUAACCACACGCUGUGAGUUUCAGUUUCAUGGCAUAACUGCCUGCAUUCGUAGUUCUAGUGACCUCGUCGUUUGAGUCGAAGGACUAUCGUGCGAUUUGUUUAGGUAUGUCGGUUUGGUCAGUCAGUACAGUUGGGAACAAUUACCGAUACGUACAUUCAGCUGGCCGUAACAGUAAAAGUGGUAGCUGGUGUCCAAAGGAAAAAAAGUCGUAGGUGUCACUUGUUUUUUGAAACCUUCGGUUUUGUGAAACACUGAAGCAGAGAGCUCAACUAUUCCUUUGUUACAAAGAUGCCUUCAUUUAUGGUAAUUCGAGACCUUAUUUAAAAAAUAUUCACCACUUUAUUUACAAUACUCAUCUUCAUACCACAAAGGGGUUUGGUCAUUUGGGUUCAAUCAUACAUCGAAAUCACAACUGCGCGAUGUCAGCCGAAACGCCGCUGCAGUCAGCUGACGUGCUGCACACGCCAGCGUAUCUCUCCUGGAGGAAGCUUCAGCUCAGCCGCGCUAAACUCAAGGCCUCCAGCAAGACGUCAGCCCUUCUGUCUGGGUUUGCCAUGGUCGCCAUGGUCGAAGUGCAGCUGAACCCGCCCCAAUCGACCGCGGUGCCCACCGAAAUGCUCGUAGCCUUCACGGUAUGUACCACUCUCCUCGUCGCGGUGCAUAUGCUGGCUCUCAUGAUCAGCACAUGCAUCCUGCCCAACAUUGAAGCCGUGGGCAACCUGCACAGCGUCUCCCUAGUCCACGAAUCUCCACACGAGAGGCUCCACUGGUACAUCGAAAUCGCUUGGGCCUUCUCCACGUUGCUGGGACUCAUACUAUUCCUUGUAGAAAUCGCCAUAUUAUGCUGGGUCAAGUUCUACGAUUUAAGCGCGACAGCAGCCUGGUCGGCGUGCGUCGUGCUUAUACCAGUCAUGAUAGUCUUCCUUGCAUUCGCUAUACAUUUCUACAUGUCCCUCGCGACGCACAAAUACGAAGUCACUGUCACAGGGAUCAAAGAGCUGGAGAUGCUUAAAGAACAAAUUGAAAUGGAAAACGACGCUCGCAUGAACAAUCUCAGCUUGUCAGACCAGGGUCGUAUCGUCUGAUCGUGUUUUUUAUCUCAUGUCUUCUUUUGGAAUGUUAUUUUUACUUGUUAAUGUUAAUAUUAUACAAAUAAAGUUAUACAAUUUAUUUAAGUUUAAGAUGCAUAUUUAGGCCGUGUGAGUUACGAGGGGUAUCAUUAUUAAGCGCGAAAUGGGAAUUUUAAGUAAUCAAAUCAUGUAUUUGUAUAACGUGACAGUACAUUUAAAGCUUUGUUCAUACAGGCUGUCUAAAAAAAUGUUUCCAAUAAGCUCGUGACUUAAGUACGUUAAAGUGAUUUACAUUUUAAAGAAUAUUAUUUUAAGGUGACAAAUGUUUUAAUGCAUUAGAAUCUUGACAAUUCAAAUUAUUUUAAUUACGAAUUCAAUACUUUUAAGUGGUUGAAAGAUCCUCUGUAAAAGAGAACGAGGACAAAAGCUUGAUUCUACUGCCGUCUUCCGCAUGACACUAUUUUUGGGACACGCUGUAUAACGCGUUACUCCCAUGGGGCAGUUUUACAUGUAAUAUCUUUAUUCUAUCCUUCGAUAGUGAUGGAUGAGACGUAAAAUACGUAUUUCCAAUGUUAUGCCAUGGCCAAUGUAUAAAAUUAUUGUACUUAGAAUAUAGUUUGUACUUAUUCGAACCAUUUACUUACGAUAUAAUUCAAAGCUCAUUUAUUACGUGGAUAGUUGAAUUUAUUUUACCUUACUAUUAUAGUUAUUAUUAUAAUCUCACAAUAGACAUAUUAUGCAAAGAUUAUUAAGUAAACCUAUACUUAUUCUUGUUUUUUGACAUGACAACGAAUCUCACAGUGUUAAUGUCUCGUUUAUGUGAGCAAUUGCAUAUUAUUGUUCCUAAAUACUGCGAAAUGCAAAAGAUAAUUAAUAUGCGACAAGUUGUGUGAGUCAGUAAUUAAUAAAGACAAACAAAUUACUUAUGUUAGGUACUUCAUUGAAACAGGUGGUACUUUUAUGGUUUUAUGCUAUGUAAUUUUAUUGUUAUUUGUGUGUUCGCGUUUUUUCUAGACCUUUCCUUAUGUUAUUACAGGGAUGUUAUCACCUCUCAUGACAUUUUGUAGUAAAAUAUGUAGCACUAUCCAAACCCCCAUUAGUAGCCGGGUGAAGGGGUAUUCGGAAUUCAAUAGAUAUAAUCCUGUAUGGAUUUCUAAAGAUCUAUCAUGCGCUAUCACUUUCAAAUCGAAUCUUUUCAUUCUUAUAAUUAUUAUGUAAUGUGUCUAUCUAGAAUUCGACUAAGCCUUAUUAAUCAAUAUUUAGCUAAGACAUCUUUUAAUUACAGAUUACAGUGCCUUGGACAUCAUUUUUAAUUAGUGGGCAUGUAGCUAAUAAUUUGAGACAUGUUGAUACUUUGCUUAACAUUCAGAAUUAUCUUGUGAAACAUUUUAUUUAUGUGGUAAUUUAAUUAAAGAGAGACCGUAUCUUUUAAAUAAACGGUAGCAACUGUGACAGCAGACGGAAUAUUAUUUUCUUUCUAUGUUUUACUUUAUUUUAUACUUUCAAAGUAACAUUCGCCACAUAUUCAAAUUCGUACGUAAUCGCUUGGCUACGUAACUGUUGUGUAUUAAAGAAUUUAGCACGAGUGUUACUAUGCAUAGGAGAGGCUGGUCGACGAUUCACGUACGAUUUGUAAACUUAAUCACUAUUUGUUACAAGUAUUUCGCGUGGCUAUUGUGAUUUCUUCCCUUUUGAAAAUUUACGCUCUUUUUAUAACAUAAAGACGACUUAUUGUCUGACCCAUCAGUCUUCUGGUUGAGUCAGAUGUGCGUGACCUCCCAUUGUUCCUAUUACGGCUCAAUAAAUGAUUUAAAGCCAACGAGCUUGACAUACCACACUCGUUAGCCCAAUAAUGAAUACAUGUAAAAAACCGGCAAUCAUUAGAUCACAAAGAUGUUGGUUUGGUGCCUAAAUUUAGCCAUGGUCAAUUCGGCUAGCUACUUAUUAAGGAAAAUCGGUUGUAAAAUCAUUGUAUUUGCCAAAAACCUAAUUUAAGUUCU